UCUCAUAUGUCAUUGCCCUCUUGGUUUCUGUCUUCCUCUUGAUUCUCUUCCUUACCCAUAAACUCUCCUCCCCAUUUAUUUCUAUACAAAUCGCAGUCUACCCCCUGAGCAAUGGAACUACCAACUUUUCUUUCAACAAAUAUCAAUAACCUUUAUUCUCUAAUAAAGAAAUUUCUGGUUUCUGAUGCUGUGUCUGAAUACAUACGUUCGCCUUUUGCUCUAACUAAGAAAUUUAUAGCUUCCGAUGCAGUGUCUGAUUUAACCCACAAGCUUUCUGAUCAAAUAAAGAAAUUUCUGGCUUCUGGUGCUGUGUCUGAUUUCAUCUGCAAGCUUUCUGAUCUAAUAAAGAAAUUUCUGGCUUCCGAAACAGUGGUAUAUGUCCUCCGAUGGUUUAAGAAAGAAAAAGUUCCUAUAAUGGUUGCAGUGGUAGUGAUAGUACUCCUGUUUCGUGGUUGCCGUGGAGGUCCUGCCAAGAGUGUUAAAACAAUGAAAGCACCAGGGAGGAACUCUCGCAUACCAAGGAGUAAUUUUGAAGCAAGUCCUUCUGCUUAUUUUAGGGACUUGCGUAAGAGGUAGAAGAUAUAUCGAUCCUAAGCCUCCAAUAUGGUUGUUUCCGAUGACUUUUUCACCGGAAGCAGACCCUCUUUCCUUUUUUCUCUUCAUCGACCCUGCUGUGUUUUCUUCUUUCCGAGUGGUCUUUCAAAAGCUUUGAUCUGUUCUAGCUAGUAGAUGCCUUGGGGGGCUUAGUAGGAUGGUAUGCUGCAUGGGAUAGGCUGGGCUGGGGUGAGCUUGCUUCAACUUAAAUGUUUCAAUAAUGAAGUGAAAUAUUGGUCUUCAUGAUCAACCAUAUCCAU